AUGAACAACGUUCCAGGCGUAGCAGGUCACCAGCAACCUGCUGCGGCUGGUGUGCCGCUGUUUAUGCCUCCAUAUCCCACCCUCGCGCCACUCCCUCCACCUGCCGCUCCUCAGCAGCCACCCCACCUGCUGCCUCCUCACUUGCAGUACUACCAACUCCCGCCUCUAUAUCAGGAACCAAUGGUGUUUCUGGAUAGGGACACUUAUCAGAUCCUAGUCGAAGCUCUUGCAAGGGCAAGAGAUGCGAAUGGCGCUGACUGGGGCGCCAGAGAUUUCGAGGACUUCCAUAUCGAGAUUGAGUAUGCCUACAAUCGUCUUGUUGGUAUGAGCGCUGUGUUCGAUGUUCCAGGACAAGAUACCAUCGCCGAAAUGGCUGAGGAUCGUGCCACAAGAAUCGAGAACGCUGGUGCGCGAAGACAAAACGCUGCGAUUGCGGAACAGCAGCAGGUCAAAGCGAAGGAAGCUGUUGACGAGUAUCUACGCAUCGUCCACGCCAACGGCAACGCCGAAGCUAGUGCUGAAUCAAUUGAGCGUAUGCAAAGACUGUUGUUCGAAGCUCGUUACCGAUCCGACGUGGCCGCAUGGUACAACAAGCUUGAGAGAGAGCCCGUUGAGCAGCUGCGCCAGAGACGACGUUUGGAAGAGCAGCAACAAGAUGCUCGUCAACUUGCACAAUCGGAAGCAUCCGUUCAGCGUGACUUGGCCAGAGCCUUCGACCAGCAACCAUAG